GCUGUGAUGUAACGUUAAUGUGCCUGUGCAAAACAAUGUUAGCUGAACAUGGCCCGGUUUCCCAAAAGCAUCUUAACUUAAGGAUCAGACUUUUUCUUUUGUCUUCAAUUUUCACCUAAAAUGACAUACCCAAAUCUAACUGGCUGUAGCUCAGGACCUGAAGCAUGGAUAUGCAUAUUCUUGAUCCCAUUUGAAAGGAAACACUUAGACGUUUUUAGAAAUGAAUGUAGGAUAAUAUAAAACAUUUAGAUCUGGUAAAAGAUAAUGCAAACAAUUAAACAUGCUGAUAAUAUAAUAUUGGAGUCUAGGCACAAUUUAGAUUGUGGCCACUAGAUGGCAGCAGUGUGUGUGCAAAGUUUCAGAUUGAUUCAGUGAAGCAUUGCAAUACUGCACAAUAUUUUCUAUGAAGUCUACCCGACUGUGCCUAAUUGGUCAAUUGAUACAUUUUCAAGUACAUAACUAUAGAGAACAUACAUUUUGUAUUACCAUAUCAUUUUUGUAAGUUUACACACUACCAGGAAUGUGGCUCAUUAGCUGGAUCAUUAGCUCAUACACUAACUUUCACACAUCUAGAUGGCCGGGCGGGGUGGGUGUGGAGCAAGAGACAACAGGGGUUCAAACUGUAGAACCCAGUUCCUACAUUUGACUAUAACAAUAGAUUUUAUCAAACAAAACUAUGCUACAUUUUAUCCCUGGGACCCUCGGGAUGACAAAUCGGAGCAAGAUUACUGAAUACUCUGUACCAUGGUCUGUAGCUUUGCGGGACAGCUCUGUUCUCAAGUCUGUGGUUGUGGAUCUGGGGCUUCUGGCUCUUUUUAUUGUCCAGCACAGCCUAUUGGCCUGGGCUCCAGUCAAGCAGGCCUGUCAGUCUGUCCUGGGGGUACUGAACCGGGCCAUGUACUGCUCCACCACUGCUCUGGCUCUCCAGAUAUUGAUGCAUUACUGGCAGCCUGUGACGGAGGCUCCCUGUCUGUGGUCAGUACGUAAUGCCCCAUGGAAUACCUGGUUCCCCCUGCUCUGUUUCACCCUGCACUUCCUCUGCUGGUCCAUCAUCUGCAGUAUACUGCUGAUCUUUGACUAUCCUGAACUACUGGGCAUCAAGCAGGUUUAUUAUGAGUGCCUUGGUUUGGGAGAUCCUCUGGCUCUCAAGUCCCCCCGGGCUCAGCGUCUCUUCGCCCACCUGCGUCACCCCGUGUGUGUGGAGCUGGCUGUGGUGCUGUGGCUCCUCCCUGCCCUGCCCCUGGACAGGCUGCUGCUGGCGGGGAGUCUGUCGGCCUACCUGGCCCUGGCUCACUCUCUGGAUACACAGGACUGUGCCUACCUCAGUGUCCAGCUGCAUAGCAAACUGCGGCUCUUCUCUUUGCCACAGGAUGGCACUGCUCAGAACAAUGACAACCACAAGCAAGAGUGAAUUGAAGUCAUGGGUGUUGUAAGCUAGGUUUCCAUCCAAUUGCCAAAACAUAAGAAUAUUCUAAUAUGCACAUUUUCCCGCCAAAGAUGUUUCCGUCAAAUUGACUUGUUGGGGCUUAAAUGACUUUUGCGGUUAAAUUCCGAUGUACAGAAUUUUUGUAAUUUUAAAAAAGAAAGUUAAAUGGGUUUCCAUUGCAUUUUAAACUCUACUGAUGGUAUUCUCACACACAAAAAUUGCGUUAUAUGGCGUGGACUUUACUCGCAUGAAAAGGUUGGAUGGAAACCUGGUUACUAUUGAGGGCAAUAGUAAUUGCAUCUUUUUGAUAUCACUAACUCCGCCAUAGCUCGUUGGUCAAAGCCUAUGGGGAAAUUAAUGUUUUUUUUGUCUCAACGCCGAAAAUGAGGUCUGUGGUAAACACAGGUUUAGGAGAUCUUAUAGGUUUUGUUCUAUUAGAUCGUCUUCAUCAGCUGAUGUCAAUUUUGGUUAAUUUGAAACAUUAAUGAAAUCAAAUCAAGCACAUAAAUUCCAAUUUCCACUCAAAAUUUUCCGAAUUGAAAAGCAUUGGAAGAGAAUUGGCGUGAGGAUUUCAUUGUACUUUUUGAGUUGACUGGAAUUGAAAUGGAAUUGACCCCAACUCUGGUUAUCUCAUAGAACAAAAUGUGUAAGAUCUUCUAAGCCUGUGUUAACCUCCGACUUUAUUUCUGGUGUUUAUCCCAAAACCCCAUUCUUUCCCCAUUAAUUUCCCUUAUAGGAAUGGCUGAAUGAACUAAAGAUAACUCAUUUCUGUUUUUUGGGGACUACAAGCUGGUGAGCUUUAUUACUACACAUACAUGAAUGGGAUCAGAUGGGAUGUUUGUGUGGCUGCACACAGCAAUUGACUAAAGUACACACUGCAGUUGUUUGUUAACUUCACUUGGUAGGGCUAACACUGUUGAUUUUAGAAAAUGCUAAGAUUCAGAACGUCUGUAAAUACGCCACCAAGCAUUUAGGCAUAGCUUUUAACAUCAAUGUAUUUGUAAGUAAUUACUCAGAAUAUAUAUAUAUACAUAUUUUUUUUUAAUCUAAAAGUGUAUAUUUUUAUAUAGCCUAUGAACAUAACAUUACAUUUCACAUUCCACCACCAAGUGCUAACUCAUAGCCCUUCUAGUAAUUUAAUAGGAUCUCUGUCAUAAACUGUCAAACUUCCAGAAAUGGCAGCCAUAUUGGUCAGGGAGAAAUCCAACCCAGUCUAACUGGAAUGAAUUGCAUUAGAGGUACAAUCCUAAAAGUAAGGUAUAUGACAUAAGAAAUUGUGUGAUAGAAUUAUUGUCAACCUAAAAUAUUGUCAUAAUUAUAAAUUCUGUUUAUACAGGUUUCCCACACACUUUCUGUAUAAAUAGCCUCUAAAAUAUAUGUAAACAGACCAUAAAUGCCUCCUUGGGAAGCUGUGAGUUCUAUUAUAUGAUACAAUAUCAGUAGACUACUUGUUGCAUUUACAACUUGUCUAAGUCCUAUCAUCAACUGAUUUCAGCCAGUGUAUGGCUGUGGGAUGUUGGCAUAUUGGCAGUUAAUUUGAGGGGGGAAAUCAUUCCGCUAAAACUGUCUGGCUAGCUAGCUAACAAACACAGUGCAGAUAAAUUCUUCCAUAUAUUUUUUUUUUUACACUGUCUUAUCACUUCACUGGCAAACCAUGGUUGACCAACUUCCUGACAAAAAUGGCUGACCUAUAUCCCAUCAUAAGGUUCAUGGCCAUUCUAGUAUUCUAAAUAUAUGUGCCAACUGCUGUUCCACACUGUAUUAUUUUCAAAAUUGGAUUAUGUCAGUGCUACAUUUUGCUGUUGUCUUUCAUUUUGUUGUAUUUGUCCUUUCCCAACACACAUUCUGUCACAUUUUGAGGGUGUCUUUGUCUUAUCCUUUUCUCUCCAUCAUCAUUAUUUUUAUAUCCUUUGUGUUGCAGUAAAUCAAUGUAUAAUUACUUGAAUAGCUGCAUUCCUUCUAAUUCCAACUGUGAGCAUGGAUUAUAGGAGAGGAUAAGGUAUUCAUUGUGUAAUUGUUUUAUAUAGGUCUAAUUACAGUAUUUUUAACUACAUUAAUUAUUUUUAUAAUAUAAUAUAUAGGUGAAACUACCUUAGAGCAAACUGUUCAUGUGAUGCCAUAUUUUCAUCAGUUUUGUACCAACACAAGUUCUUUGUUACACUGGAACAAAUUAUAAGCAACUAAAACAAAAUGUCUCAAUAAAUACAAGUCAUAAUGCAUGUUU